AGUGGAGGCCAAUAUGGACUGGACUGGGAGCUUAAGACCCUUUGUUCCUCGACCAGAACCUUCUUUAAACUUCCUCUACAACUAUAACUACGACCCAUAUCUAGGAAUGGAGGUGAAGCAUCCGGGAAUGGUGGACUCGGGGCACGGGUUGUUGCCAGCAAUGGAGAAGAACAACUUUGGCAGCUGCCAGGAGAAGAAGAAGCGAUUGACGAGUGAUCAGCUAGAUUCACUUGAGAGAAGCUUCCAGGAGGAGAAAAAGCUAGAUCCUGAUAGAAAGAUCAAGCUGUCCGAGGAGCUCGGGCUGCCGCCUCGCCAGAUUGCAGUUUGGUUCCAAAACAGGCGGGCUAGGAGGAAGAAUAAGCAGCUCGAGCACCAAUAUGCUGUGCUUAAGCAAGAGUAUGAUGCCAUCUCUACGGAGAAGCUGAAACUUCAAGAAGAGGUUAUGAAAUUGAAAGCAAUGCUGCAGAGAGAGCAAGCUGCGAGGAAACAAGUGUCGACAACAGGCUACACAGAAAUCUCUGGGGAAGAAACAGUAGAGAGCACAUCUGUGGCCAUUAAUGGCUGUAAUAGCAAACCAAGAGGAACCGGCCAUCAUCAAAUUGCAGACUGCAACUUUCUCUUCAGUGUCGAAGAGUAUAACCCAGUAGCAUUAUCACCAGCUUACUGGGCUGGUCUGCCUUCCUAUCCCUCGUAACGAGAAUCUUUUAUUUGGGGCGGUGCUUAUUACACAGAG